CAAAACUAAACUAUGAUUGUGUUUUAUUUGAGUGUUUGAAGAAACAAACCUGCUGGUUAAGAGUCUCUUCAUUUGCAGUGUCAUUCGAUUCUCACAGAAAGCAGACAUGUCUAAGUUUGAAUCGGAAGUUGCAAAAGGUGAGAGGUACCGUGUGGGCUAUGCUCUCCAAACCAAGAAAGUGGAAAGUUUCCUUCAAUCCUCCCUCCUCGAUUACGCCAAACAACACGCCGUCGAUCUCGUCCAAAUCGACCCCUCUUCACCCUUAGAACAACAAGGUCCCUUCCACUGCAUCAUCCACAAACUUCACACUCCACAAUGGAACAAACACCUCCAACAAUUCUCGGCCACGCAUCCAGACACCGCAAUCAUUGACCCCCCCGAGUUGGUGAGUCGCCUCCAUGACCGAGUUUCAAUGCUCGAGGCAGCCGCCCACUUGCAAAUUUCCCUCCAAAAUUCCACCGUUGGGGUUCCCAACCAAGUGGUCGUAAACGAACCAAAAGCCCCCGAUUUCGACAAACUCGAACAGCUGGGUCUGCGAUUCCCCGCGAUCGCCAAACCGUUGGCGGCUGACGGCGGCGAUGGCUCUCACGAAAUGUGCCUGGUCUUCGACCGCGAAGGACUCAACGCGCUGAGCGCUCCCACAGUGCUACAAGAGUUCGUGAAUCACGGUGGGGUCUUGUUCAAGAUAUACGUUGCUGGGCGUCGCGUGAAAUGCGUGAAGCGGAAAUCUUUAGGUGAUAUAUCGGAGGAGAGGCUGAGAACUUUAAAGGGGGAGGUGCUGCCGUUUUCUCGUGUAUCGAACUUGGGCGUCGAAGGGGAAGGUGACACCGUCGAGAAAGCCGAAAUGCCGCCGCAGUGUCUGGUGGAUGAGUUGGCGAAGGCGUUGAGGGAGGCCUUGGGACUUAACCUUUUCAACGUUGAUGUGAUCAGAGAUAGUAAGGAACCAACAAGGUACCUUGUUAUUGAUAUCAAUUACUUUCCCGGCUAUGCAAAAUUGCCCUCUUAUGAGCCUUUUAUCACUGAUUUUUUGUUGGAGGCUGUUCGCACUAAGGCUAAUUAAGUGAACUACAAGCCUGAGGAUGAUCAAUAAGGUUGUAAUGUUAUAACACUACUGUGUAAUCACUUUUUUAUGCUGUUUUU